UGUAUUGAAGUGAUGUCAUUACCUUAUGUUCUUAUUAGUUGAAGAGUCCACGAAACACAAAAUACCAAAGACAAAUGAUACCUGAGGAGAGGAAGAUGGUAGAGAGAGAAAUAGAAAGACAACUUUGGUUGGAUAAGGAAGCUGAUCUUCGUAUGCAAGAACUGGAACUGGAAGACGAAAUGAGACGUAAAAGACAUCACCCAGGUCACUCAAGCGAUGGUGUUCGUCUUGCCCGUCAAAUGAUUCAAGAGACAGAAGAAGCAAUMAUGAAUAGACUAAAACCGUUACUUGACCGAGCUGAGGCUAUUGUGACAGGAAAUACAAAGCAGGAGGAAAUGAAGAAACGAUCUUUAAAACACCAAUUAACAGACCUAACAGCAAGAACAACAAUGGAGCAAGCUCAUUUAUUGGCUGAUGAAAUAUUAGAAGAUAUUCUAGAUGAAACUGUAUUGGAGCUUCAAAGACUAGAGGUUGAGGAAGAAGCAGAAAUGGCCGUGUCAGGCCUUCAGAAUCAGUCAACCAUCGAAAAUAUAAUGCAAAAACUUCAAAGCUUUGAGGAGGGAGAAAGUGACAUUCGUCGUUACUGGACUAGAGUCAGUUAUGAUGAUAUUACUUCACACGAAGAAACAACGCACAAACGAACAGCAAUGGAAUAUCAACCACAUCACCCUGAACCCAUUCGAUUUUCRAAACACAAACCUCAAACGACAGGCAACUAUUUGGAUAAKAAAGUCAGGCAUCUAAAACAUAGGAAAAGGUUUGACGAUCCUGAAUCUCCAACGGAUACUGGUAGCACUGCGUCUCUUUUAGAAGAAAUAUCUACCAAUAGAAGUUCAGCUGCAACGAGUCAAAUCUUUGAACGUCAUCGACCACCAACGACUGAAUCUACCAUCAAUCUAUUUGUUCCGAGUGAAUUACGAACGAGUAUUGCAGCAUACCGAAGCAGGUUCGAGCGGUUUUUACGAGAUACGGCUACACAUAUAGAGGGGUCGUUCGACCCAUGGAAACUCGCUGACCAAAUAAGUGAGGUGCUGCUAGACGAUAUGAUCCAAGACGUUGCCGUUGAGCUUGGUGGUGUGUGUGACGAGUAUACCGAGAAUAUAUUUACCAAAGAAUUUGUCCCGGCCACAGAUAGCAGCCUCGUCUCAUAAGACGACUAAUGUGAUCCAAAAAUAAUGUCCUGGCUGUAAAUCUCGAGUGCAAAGACACGAUAAUGAGAAGAGA